AUGCCGCGUCGAUUGGAGAAUGCAAAAUUCGAGACUCUUCAGCUUCAUGCUGGUCAACGUCCAGAUCCAGGAACAAAUGCGCUGGCAGUUCCAAUUCAAGCAACCAGCAGCUAUGUCUUCCGUGACACCGCACAUGGUGCGGCCCUCUUCAAAUUCAAAGAGCCGGGAUAUAUCUACAGUCGGAUGAUGAACCCUACUGUUGAUGUGCUGGAGAGGCGAAUCACAAGGCUGGAAGGUGGCGUCGCCGCAGUCGCUGCUUCCUCAGGACACUCGGCGCAGUUCCUUGCCAUCGCCACGGUUGCAAAAGCUGGCGACAACAUCAUCGCGACAUCCUUCCUCUAUGGCGGAACGAGCAAUCAAUUCCGGAACUUCUUCCCGCAUCUGGGCAUCACCGUGAAAAUUGUCAAUGGCGACAAUCCCGCCGACUUCGCCAAACUGAUUGAUGAAAACACAAAAGCUCUGUACAUUGAAAGCAUGGGAAAUCCGCGCUACAACGUCCCAGAUUUCGAGUCUUUUGCGAGAUUGGCACAUGAUAAUGGCAUUCCAUUGAUUGUCGACAACACAUUUGGCUGUGGAGGCUAUCUGGUUCGGCCCUUUGAACAUGGAGCAGAUAUUGUCACUCACUCUUGCACAAAAUGGAUUGGCGGCCACGGGACGACUAUCGCCGGUGUUGUCGUUGACUCUGGCAAUUUCGACUGGGGUAAAAAUCCCAAGAAAUUCCCCUACUUCAACGAACCAUCUCCUAGCUACCAUGGAAUGAAAUUCUACGAAACAUUUGGCCGGUUGGCCUUCGCGAUUCGCGCGCGCACUGAGAUACUUCGAGAUUUGGGCUGCGCUCUGAACCCUUUCGCUGCGUUCUUACUCCUUCAAGGCUUGGAAACAUUGUCCAUCCGAGUGGAAAGGCAUGUCAGCAAUGCCAUGGCGUUGGCAACUUGGCUGCAGAAUAAUGACCAUGUGUCCUGGGUUUCGUAUCCUGGCCUAGAAGACCAUCCAUCUCAUCAAUUGGCCAAGAAAUAUUUCAAGAGGGGAUUCGGUGGAGUGAUCUCGUUUGGUAUCAAGGGCGGCGCUGCAGCCGGGACCAAAGUCCUAGAUAGCUUCCGGUUGAUCAGCCACGUCGGCAAUGUUGGAGAUGCAAAGACGCUUGCCUUACACCCGUGGUCAACAACGCACGAGCAGCUAAAACCGGAAGAAAGGAUCGCAAGUGGUGUCACAGAGGACCUUAUUCGAUGCUCCGUCGGCUUGGAACAUAUCACCGAUAUCAUCGCCGAUUUCGAACAGGCUUUUGCAGCGGCAGAUCGGGGAGCCAAGAGUAGACUGUAG